AUGAAUCCGGGGGAGUACCAGCGUUCUCAGAUGCAUGAUUUGCCUAUGGAUUUUCAGUAUGAUGGAAGUCAGGUAGUAUCAUCUCAACCAGCCGACGGAAUGCCAUCAUUCGAUGGUCUUCCCCGAACGCCUUCAGAGCAGCAACUCUUGAGCUCUUGGCCUCCAACUAUGAAUAACUACAACUUCACAAGUCCAAUGCAGACCGCGCAAGCUUCAGCUGAGUGGGCCAACCCGACCUACGCAUCUACGGAUUUCGAUGAUACCCCUCUCACAAAUGAUUACAGUUAUUACUCUCAUUACUCCUCAACUUUUCCAGGAGCCCAUCAGAAUGAUGCUUUCUCGCGGGGUCUGACUCUGGACGGUGUUCCUCGCACUUGGCAGUUAUCCCACGAUUCCAGGCUGCCCAGCGACGGUAUGGCGGAUCUGAAAGCUUAUGAGCCCUCUAUUUAUAUGAUAGAACAGAGCAGGGAAGAACCAGCAGAUUUUGCGGUAAUGAGACCUGAUCUAGUCUACGACCGUCAUGACAGUUCUCGAGACUUUCCACGAAGCAUCAGCGGAAGCCCCAAGAUUGAAAAGGAGGCCAUUUGCAAUGAUCUUUUGGGAUUUGGAAGAACAGCUCGCUCCAAGAUGCAAAUGAGCGAGGCUUCGGAUGACAGUGGAAACAGCUCCCGUGAGAUGACGGCCGUGGACUUUGAAGACCACGGUGCGGACGAGCCAUACGCAAAACUGAUUUACCGAGCGCUCAUGAGCGCCCCCAAUCACUCUAUGGUCUUGCAAGAGAUAUACCAAUGGUUUCGAGAUAACACAGCUAAGGGGAGCUCAGAUACGAAAGGAUGGAUGAAUAGCAUUCGCCAUAACCUGUCGAUGAAUGCAGCAUUCAAAAAGACCGAGCGGAAAGUUCCGGGUGAUGAGACCAAGAAAUCAACGGAAUGGGUGUUGGAGGACUUUGCUAUCAAAGAUGGUGUCCAGUCGACAACAAGAUACCGCAAAGGAACAGGCAGCAAAAAGUUCACUAAAUCUGAUAAUCCGGCACCGGCAAGACAGACAUCAGGUCGAAAGGGGGGGAUUUGCGCAGGCAAGACAAAAUCACAGCGGUCAAAGGUCCGGGACGACCGGCCAGAUAUACGUCUAUCUGGUCUUGAACUUGACACCGGAAGCCAUGCGCAAUUCCACCACGAUGUCAGGACUGAAGUCAUACAACGACAUAUUUCUCCCCUGACGCCACCCAACCUCGAGAGCAUCUUUCCGAGCCCAUACUACUUUCCCAAGAACGAGCAGUUCGAACUGCCGUACGAGGACAUGUGCGGCCUCGAGGUUGUCCAAGGUGUCUACAUCGACGAGAAUGAACCGCCCUUCACCAGCCCCCCGAAUCCCCAUUUCACCAGCACGCAUUCCAUGGGCGCCAAUCGAUACUGA